AUUUACCACCAAAACCAAAAUCAAUGAACAAGGUAUUUGAGCUCAUAGAUUACAGCCAGUAGCACACAAUUCCGUUUUCAAUAGCCUCGAUAAGUGUUUGACAUCAGACAUGCCUUGAUUUUAGUGAGAAUUCCAGUAGAAGGAGACCAGUUGGCCAGUGAACUUUGGACACGGAGCAAGAUGGAACCCUAUUCUAACAUUGGGGCAGGAUAUUUUAGCCCAAGGAGUUCUCAAAAUCGCAUAGGAAUGCCAGAUUCACUGACUAUCUCUUCAGGAGUGUUUCCUGAUGAGGACAGUGGGUUUAACUCCAGUUUCAGCUUAAGCCGUCUCCCACAGUCUGAGGAUUUUUCACUUUCACCGAGAUCACCCAUGGUUUCUCCAGGAGCUAUUGUGAGAUCCAGGUCUCUAUCCAGACUUAGUGGACCUUUAGUUACACAGGAGGUGACACCAUUCACGCAUAACCCAUACAGAGUGGAUCGAUCUCUCAGAAAUCUUAAAGGUAACCUGGAGGAUAGUGAAAACAGACGACAUGUUCUUGUGCAUAAACUUAGAGAAGCUCAAAGCACACUGGAAUUACAAAGUCAGAGAUUAUCAAAGAUUGAAAAUGCUGCCAAGGGAAACACAUUUCUAUUAGAAGAUUUAAAACAGAAGGAAAAAGACUAUAGGAAAACAAUUGAUUCCUUACAGCUGUCAGAACAAGAAAAGGAUAUCCUGAAAUUUGAAAACAUGAAGUUGAGACAAGAAAUGCAAGACAGAAUUGAUAAACUUGACUUUGCUUUACGAUCCCUCCAAGCCCAACAUCAAGCAGCUGAAAAAGACAAUCAAAAGCGUGUAAUUUUACUUGAUCAGUCCUCACAAGCUUUAAAUAUGUUAGAAACUGAGAAUGAUAAACUGAAACUUGACCACCACAACAUGAAUAAAGAAAUGGCCAUAGCUAGAGAAGCCAUUGAGUUGGCACGAUCGAAGUUUGAACCUAUGGAAGAAGAGAAUCGAGACCUUAGGUCUGAAAAUGCCACCCUAAAGGCUGAGAAUGCAGAUUUAUCCAAGAAGACCUCAGAAUUAACUGGCCAAUUAAUGGAAUUAAGGAAGCUCAUACAAUCAAUGAAAGAUGAGAAUGAAAAAUUGGCAAGUUCUUGGAAAUCUUUAUCUGAGGAGAGGCAGAGAUUGGUGAAACAAGCCGAGGCUUCAUCAGAAAAGGCAGCAGAACUAAAAACCAAAGCCAAUGCAGUUUCUACAGAAAAAGACAGGCUAUUCCAAGAAAAAAUGGAGCUGAACAAUCGAUGUCAGCAGCUGAUGAUUAAUAAGGAGGAGCUAAAUCAGAUGAAAAUGGCACAAGAAGAUCAGAUUACUGAUUUGGAGGCUGACUUGGACAGGCUAAAAAAGACUAUAAAGAAAAUGGAAGAAGACAAAAUAGUACUCCAAGAAGAGGCUUCUGAUUUGAGAAGGAUGAGUGAUGGGUUAUCAGCUGAACUUAACUCAGUCCGUAAUUUCUAUGAAAAAGCCCUGGAACAAAUAAAUACAUUAGAAACUGACAAAAGAGCACAACAGCAACAGGGUGAUUUCAGAAACCAAGAACAGAAUCGUUUAAAAGGCGAAAUAGAGAGACUUAACAAGCAACUUUUGAAUAAAUCCAAAGAGUUGAAGAAAGAAAAAGAAGAUAUGGAUGAGUUAAUUUCCAAACUAAAAGAUGAGCUUCGUAAUCAAAAAGAUGACAACUUUUUGUUGGAAAACAAAGUAGAAGAAUUGUCAGCGAAGUUAAACAAAGCCAAUGACAACAUGAAGUAUGCAGCCACCACUAGCCAAGAAGAGCUUGACACUUGGAAAGAUACAUGUGACCGGUUAACUGCUUCUGUCAGUCGCAAGGAAGCAGAGGUGCAGUCUCUCUCUGAGAAAUGUCUCGAUUUGGAGGAUCUGACAGCCAAACUUCAGUCUGAAAACCGUCUGCUAAAGGAAGAUAAUGAGACUCUGACCGAACAGCAGGAAGAUAUUAACAAACUAAAGGGAGAGAAUAGAAAAAUGAUCCAAGAAAAGGCUGAGAAUGAGCAGAUGAUCAAGUUACUGGAAACUCAAAAAGAAGUUCUAACAAAGAGCUCAGAAUCCCAGUUAACAAAGCUGCACGAUAUUGAACAACUCACUGCUAGAGUUGAUCAGCUCAGAAAUGAGAAUGAACACCUGAGAGCCAGAGUCUUGGAAUUGGAGAAUGUUAGAGACAAUUUGGUAAAACAGAAAGAAGAGCUGCUGGCAAAUACUGAACUCAUUUACAAGAAUCCUAAGCUUGAAGAACUGCAGAGUAGAGUAGAUGAACUGCAAGAGGCUAAUAGACAGCUGAGAGACAUCAAUGACUCGGUCAACAAUAGAUGCCAAACACUAGAAGAGGCCAACAGCGAACUCAAGGAAGCUGUUGGUGGUGAUGGCACUGUUGUUCCUAAGUAUAGUCUGCUAAAACUUCAGGAAGAGCGGGACCGUAUGGCAGAUGAUAUUGACCACAUCAGGCAACAAUAUGACGAUUUGCAAGAUGAACAUGAAAAAUAUAUGAAUAAAUAUGGUCCUGAUGGUGAGGAGCAACAGCAAGUCUACUUGCUGGAGAGAGAAAAGGAAAACCUUGAGAAACAAGUGGCUCUUAUCAAUGGUCAGCUACUUCUGGUUGAAAGCAGUAAAAAGAGACUGGAUGAAGUUGUGGAAGACUUACAGCACGAAAUCGUUCAUCUGAGGAAAGAGUUGGAAGAAGCCGAGAAACAGCCAGUUUCUGGUCCAGAUAUGAGUGAGCUUCAGGCAGAAUUAGAAGACCUUCGCAACGAACUGACCCGCAACCAAAAGGACAAGAUGAAGCAAGAAAAUAUGGUUCGCUCUUUGAAAGAGGAACUUGAAGAGGAGAGAACAAAAAAGCCCACGCAGAUCAGGGAAUCACUUGAUGACGUUGGAACUGAAUUAACCUCUAUGAGGGGGGAACUGCAUAAACUAGUGGGUGAAAUUGAAAGAAAAGAACAGACUAUUUCUACACUGGAAAACCAGCUCAGACAAUCAAAGGAAAAAAUUGAGGACAAAGAUAAAAAGAUACAAGGAUUGAAAUCAGGAAAUGGACAACACACUACCCACAGCUUGGACGAGACUCAACCAAAAACGAGAAUCGAUGGACUCCGAAAAUCUGACUCAGUUGGACGAGCACAGAGCUUAACUGAGAAAGGAACUGGUGAUCGAUUGCAGUCUCUGAUUUCCAAAUACAGAAACUAUGGUGAACAAUCAACACCACAUCAUGAACGCAAAAUUAAGCCCCUACCUCUCAUCAGCAACAGUGGAAGCAAGAUGGGACUUGUGACACGUGGAAAAAGUUUUGGUCCAGCUGCACCAAAGAAUGAAGAUAGAACCAAAAAGAGCACGUGAAGCAUUGACAAUGGUGAAUAUGUUUUGUCUGGGAGCCCUCGUCCAAAGAUGUGUUUUACAUUUUCUUCUUUGUACCUUUUAAUCAGCUAAAAGCAGAAAAAUUCACAAUGUGCAUGUUUUUAGACUAUGAUUACUACCCUUUGUACAAUUGUAAAAUGUAUAGCAUAACUUAAAGAUUAAUGUCAUAUUAUCUUAUCAAUAUAUGCCACUUUAAUUAGCCACUUUAAUUAUUUCAUCAAAUCAAAAUACCAAUAUAAAUAGCAAUACAAAUCUGUGAUAUUCCUUUCUUUUAUGGGUUUUUUUUCUUUUAAUUCUGUGAUACAAAUUUUGUUUUAUUUUAUAUAAACAAAUAUAAGAGAUUUUUAUAUUUUACAUACAGUGAUACAAAUUAGUGAUUCUAGAUUAUAUAAACAUAUGUAUAUAAAUAUAUAUAAGACAUAUUUUUGUUUCUGUUCCAGAAUUUAUAUUCAUGUUUAAUUUAUUUUUGUAAACUAGAUUAUUCAGUGUUAUAUAUCGGCCAUAGAAAUAUUGUAACAGCAAAAAAACAUAUUCCUAGGUAAAAAGUUUACUGUGAAUUUUAUAAUGUAUGCAUGUGCACGAUAUAAAUGCGAGAUACUACAUACAGGGUAGUAUUUAUGCUAGCUUACAGAUUUCUCUGACUUAAAAAAUCAGGUGCUAGAAAAGUUAACAGCAACUGUCAAAAGUAAAAAAUUACAGUAUGCUGUGUUUGUUCAAAUAUUGAUAUUUUCAUUUAAGUUUGGGACCAAUUAUAAGAUUACACACUACAGUAUUAGCUAAAAAAAAUAUUUCUAGUGUUUCUUCUCAAUACUGUUUAUAUUUAUUGAUAAAAUUUAUCAUCAUAUAUAUAUGCUUUGUCUUCAAUUAUUUUUACGAUUAUUGUAUAGCAAGAAGUAAAUUUUCCCUUAUAAAAUCAUUUAUGCAGAUAUAUAUAUAUAUAUAUAUAUGUAUACAGUAUUAAAAUUCAUGUAAUUUAAUCCAACAACACAACAUUAGAUUGUAUGAUUUCUACGUGUAUUCAAGACUUAGUGUUUUCAAUGUGUUCUGCCAACACAUUUUUUCUAAUGGUGCAACAAACAAUUCUUUUUCAACAAAUGGGGUGUCUACAGAGUGAAGUCGUUAUCAACUGAACGGAGGAAUUCUCUGACACUUCAAAUCCCCUUCGGAGUUGUCUAUGGAUGAUGUAAAGUGCUUGAAAAAGUUUCAUGUUUAGUGAAGAGUUUAAACAAACAAAGUGAAGUCAUUUACCACAGAAGACAUUUCUAGUUCAGAAAGAUCGAUUUGACUGUUCUCGGGGAAAGAUAAGAGUUUGCAGACUUUAUCCUGCGUGAUUUGACUUGUGAAAUACUUUUGUAUUCUACAACAUGCUCAAUAAAUUUCUACUUUGUUAACAAGAA